UGAUGCAUUUCUGGCUUCACGUGCCACCGAGCAACUGUCAUAGGAAUGAACGUCACCGCUCUUUAUACAUCCAUAAUGCUAACGAGUUAGCUCAAAUAAACGGCGUCCUUGUGACAUGUAUGCUCUGACAACACUGAGGACAACAGGUUCAUGUUCCAGAUUAUGUUCAAUAGCAGUGAAACUGAAGCGUUGACAGUUUUGAAGCUGCACUCCUGACUGCUGCAAUGAGGUACAGAGGAGCUCAGAUCUGUCUCAGGACUCGUGGCUCUUGUUGUCUUUCUCGCCUCUUCCUGCCCGGCAGAAUCUCUCUGAUCCGGACCUACAGCGCUCACCAUCAGCCUGGAUCUCCUCCACCCACCCCUCCACAAACCCCACCGGUUAACCCCACCCCUCCUGAUGGGAAGGGCAACGCUGAGGCUGUAAAGGAGCGCGCCCUGGCUGCAUUACAGCAUGCAGGUGAGUUGGGUCAUCAGUGGGGUCAAAGGUCGGCUCAGGCAGCCAGCUCCUCUCUGAACUAUUGGUGGGAAAGAUAUGAAGAGUUUGUCGGGAUCAACGAGGUCCGAGUGGCUCAAACCAGAGUCAAUGAGGCGGAGUCAGCGUUCAUGGUGUCCAGAGGGAUGGUGCGCGAGGCUCACGGCAGCUUGGAGGUUCUGCAGGUCCGUCUGAAAGAGGUCCGAGACCGCCUGGACCGGGUCUCCAGAGAAGAAGCUCACUACCUGGAGCUCGCCACGCAGGAGCACAGACUGCUGCAGGAGGAGCGUCGUCUCCGCACGGCGUACGAGAACGCAGAGGGGUCGGAGCGGGAAAAGUUCGCCUUAUUCUCUGCGGGCGUUCGGGCGAGUCACGAGAAGGAGAGAACGAGAGCGGAGAGAACCAAGAACUGGUCCAUCAUCGGGUCGGUGCUCGGAGCGCUGAUCGGGGUCAUGGGGUCAACGUACAUCAACAGAGUCCGUCUGCAGGAGCUGAAGAACCUGCUUCUGGAGGCUCAGAAAGGUCCGGAGAGUCUUCAGGAGGCUCUCAAAGUCCAGGCAGGAAAUCACCGCCUGCAGCAGAACGAGUUUCGCUCGCUCAUCGACAGCCUGAGACUCGCUCUGAGCGACGCUUUCUCUCCGCGGGACGUCGUCCUCCUACAGGACAACAAACACACAUCCUCAGAUCCUCCCUCCGUGCCUCUCUCGGCCCUGAAGGAGCUCCACAUCAGCAGCAAGAGGACAGAGACACUGCUGGAGAAGCUGCUGCCUCAACUGGGGAACAUGGAGGAAGGGAUGGGGAGGAUGGAGGGGGGAAUGAUGGUGGUGAAGAAGCUCCUGGAGGACAAACACACUGAAACACACACCAAACUACAGGCUGAACCACACACUGAACCACACACUGAACCACACACUGAACCACACACUGAACCACACACUGAACCACACACUGAACCACAGCCGCUGUUAGAAACAAUAAAGGAAACGGAGAGAAAGGACCGAUGGGAGUCUGAGGUGCUGGUGAGGCGUCUGGAGGAGACUCAGAGAACUCUGGGAGAACGGAUCAGGACAAAUAAUGUUUAUAACGCCGUGUUUACGUUCAGCGCCACCGCCAUCACCGUGUCGGCCGUCUACCUGCUGCUCAGAGGGAACGCUUAGAGACACUCGCAUGCCCCGGGACCAGUUAUAUCAUAGGAUUGAAUUGACUUUUUAUUGGCAUUGAGUGUCAAACAUUGUCUCCGCAUAUUGUACAUUGCAUCUUUACACGAAGGACAUACAUCUGUUCAUAGUUCUUUUCAGCAAUGACACAUCAUGACACAAAAAACACAGAUGAGAAAGACACAAAGAGAACAAAUGAUAAUAAAAUAAAAGAACAGUGAACUAUUAGGGAGUGGACAUGUCUUUACAGCCGAGUCCACUUCUCCCAGUUUGUAGUAAAUUGCUCCGAUGUAUGAUAUUUAUGAUCAGAAAGUUCAAUAAGUAUUUCUCAACCAGGUCUGUGGCAAAUUCCCAAAGUAUAAAAUCUUUCAUCUCUACAGUUAUUAUGUCUUUGAAAAUGUCUUGUAAGGCUAUAUGAUAGGAUUUGAUGUCAGAUUGAGUAUGAAAUGUCUCGUAUCACAACAUUUUUGUUUCCAAACAACGCUGAUACGCUGCAUCACUUCAUACAGCACAAAACAUUUAAAAGCAACACAUGUCGGCCUUUUUCCAUCUAAGGAACAUUGCCAGACUCCGACCGUCACUCUCGGAGUCGGUUGCAGAAACCCUAGUGCAUGUGUUUGUCACCUCCCGCUUGGACUACUGCAAUGGUGUCCUGUUUGGUGUCCCCAACAAAACCCUGGACAGGCUCCAGUAUGUCCAAAA